GUUGUACCAGUAUCCCAAUUCGCCACCCACACAUUGCUGUACACCAGCACAGCCCAGACAACACAGCGCCCCCGUACAUCCAUCCAGGAGCGCGUCCCCGCUCAUUUGCCACUGACAUGGCCCUCCCGCCGACUUCCCAUGAGAACACGCCCAAUGCGUGGUUUCUCCAGCUAAGGUCCAUCAACGCGAGCACCACCACCCCGCGCAACUUCAGCAUCGCCAAGCUCGCGUGCACCGAUACCAAAGACAUCCCUACCAAAGACGGCAAGCCCACGAAGCCUGCGGGUCUGGUGCACGGCGGCGUCAUCUUGGGGCGGAAGAGCAGCCAAACCAAAGAGCAUGGCGAGAGCGGAGUACGAUUCUUUCCUGGGCAUGGCGAGAUUCACUACUGACCAUGUCCAAAGGUGUUCAUCUCGCCUAUACUGUCCCGUGCUCACGCGCAGCUCACCAUGUCCACCAACGGUCAUGUCUACAUCACCGACCUCUCAUCCCUUCACGGGACGUCAAUCCUUCCUGCCGGAUCUAGCGAGCUGGUCUUGCUCGACCCUUACUCGCCUAUCCAGCUGUGCCAGAACGACACUAUCGUACUGGGCAAAGACGUCUAUGCAGACGGAAAGGAGUUUACGCCCUUCAAGCUUCAAGUGGUCUUUGCUCAACCGGUGUUCGGUAAAGGCAGCGACAAGGGCACUCGCAAGUCAAUUGGAAAACUUACUCCAGAAGAUUGCACAGGCAAGUUCCUUGCUCUUUCACAGACCCCUCUCUUAGAAAAGAACGUCAGCAAGAUCAAUGAUGCCCCAGUCGUCAUUGAUUCAGAUGACGAGAACGAUAUCGAGAUGCUUGAAGGCGACAAGAGCUCCAAGUACGGUAUCCCCGCUUGGAUGAGGUAUGCCAGCGAGGCGCCCAUCUCUCAUGCUCGUUAUGAGAAUGCUGCCGACCUCAGCGAUGAGGACGGGGACGACAUUGUCGCCAUCCCCAACAACGAGGACAUUGGGCUUCAACGUGUCGCCAAAUCUCAAAGCAUCCUCUAUUCUGACGACGAGGGUGGCGAUGACGACUAUCCUCGCGGUACUGCUCAUGUAUCUCUCGAGGGCGACGUGGUUGCCAGCGAGGACGAAGACGACAAUGAGCAGGAUGGUCCAGAGGUACAGGGCGUCAGGGAAGUCAUUGGGAGUUUCACAUCUCGCCAAAGUUCCCCCGAAUACUCCCCCAAGAUUGUCCCUGCCGCUCGUCCUGAGAAAGAAUUCAAUGCCUCUCUCUCGAAGGAGUCCCCUUUCAGCCUCAGUAGCAUCUUGAACCAAGCUGAAGGGCGUGGCAAACGCGACGGCUCCCUUCAGGGCAAGUCUCUCUUUGAUGACUAUCAGUCUUCGCCAGCCCCCUUCGCCGAUUGUCAUGCUCUUCAGGGUCUCGACUCUGAAGGCGUCUUCGACUAUGAAUUCGAGGCCACUGCACAACGCGCUGCCGUCGAGCAAGACAAGUAUGCCGAAGACACCGAGGUCAACCAGUCUGCAAAGGUCAGCGCUUCCGACCUUGCUGCUUUCUUGGCUUCCGAGAUCCUCCCGGCACAGUCCGUUCCUGCCUUUUCUGUUGAAGAUUCCGAGUCCGAGUCUGGGGAUGAAGCCGAGCCGACACAGGCACCCGUGGCACCCCAGCACGAGCCCGAGGGACAGAACGCUUUCGACGACGCAAUGUCUGACGGUUGGCCUUCCGAGCAGGACCAAGCGCCGGUACAGAGCAAUGCCGACUUUGCCGCGACCGGUGGGGACGAGGUACUCAGCGAAGGAGAAGAGGAAAGCGGGGUCACCACGGGGGACGAAGAACAGCCCCUCUCUGCUGCUUCCGAUGACCAAGACGAAGGGUUGGUGAGCGAUGCUCCAUCCGACACGAGCUACGAGUCCGAGGACAGUGCGGUGGACGACGAAGAGUCCAGCGCUAGUGAGAGUGAAGGUGAGAGCAAUAGCGAGAGCGAGAGCGAGAGUGAGGGUGAGAGCGAGAUUGAUGCGAGUAAACAUGAGGCGGUCAAGAAGCAGCGCGACUUGCUCAGAGCUAUCACCGGCAAGGAUAUCAAGAAACCCAACUCCAAGCAGAGCAAGCUUCAAUGGCUUGGUACAAGCUUGCCCGAUAUCUAUCGUGGCCCUGAGGAGUGUCUCGAUGAUCAGCAACUUGCCGAGUAUAUGCGAGGAGCUGCCGAGAGGGGUGCGGACGCUGGUUCCGAUCCCGAAGUGGCUUCCCAGGCCGAGUCUGAGGAUGAAGAUGAAGAUGAGGGUGAAGGUGAAGAUGAAAGCGUGCAGCAAGAGUCCGAAUCUGAGGCUAGGAAUGACGACAGAGAUGUACAGUCUGGGGCUGAGGAGGAGUCGGACGACGAGGACGCGCCUUUUCCCACCCAGUAUGUUGAAGCUAUUGACGUUGACGCGCCCGACACCCUCGAGCCAGGUAAGCAGUCUCGCUAUCGUUCAACCCCACACCUGACCUCGGACAACAGCCGCGGAUCUCGCCGCUAUCAACGAUCCAAUUGCUACCCCUUCCACGAGCAGUCCCGCUUCCAAUCGUAUCCUCACUCCCAUCAUCGGCCAGAAACGUUCCCUGCCCCAGGAUGAUGAGGAAGACGAAGACCUCGUGCCUGUGCUGCAGCUCAAGCGUCUCGCGUCUGUCCAGGUGCCUACCGAGACGCCUGGCGAAUCUUCCGUCAUCGAGGUGAACACUGCCAUCGCGCAGGAUGACAAGGUGGUUCAACCUCCCGCGAAGAGGAGGAACGUGGCGCAGGCUAUGGGGCUUGUAGUGCUUGGCGCUGCCUUGGGCAGUAUCGGGACCAUUGCGGGUCUCAUGCAGCUCGCCGAGGAGUAGAGACUGAUUGUGAUCUAGUCUGUAUCAUUUCCCAUCACGUUUCUAUCAAUAUGAGUUGUACCCCAAAUGCUCAAUCUAACCUCUUUGUAUAUGUCUUUGACCACACGAGUAUUGUAUAUCUUUGCUACGUCUUUUUUGUCUGCUUGUCAUAUAUAACUGUGAAUAUCUUUUGUAUGGAUUGCAAUGUUUGAGCCUCCUCAUGAUUCAACAGAAAGAUAGGAAAUAGGAAAUAAGAGACACAUAACCUUACUA